CUCCUUCCGCUCCGUUCUCCCACCGCGGGGCUGAAUGGCCGACCCCGACGCCGCGGGUGUGGAGGAGGUGGCUGUCCGCCGCCGCCGCGUGCCCAAGUGACUCGCCCUGCUCCAGCCUGAACCCCUGGGGCCCGGGCUCCCGCGGGAGGAGAGGGCCUGUGAGGGGACCGGCGACCCCGCCGGCCUGAGCUCUUUCCCUGGCGGCCGCGGCUCCUUCCCUGGGACAAUAUGUUCAAGAGAAUGGCGGAAUUUGGGCCUGACUCCGGCGGGAGAGUGAAGGGGGUUACCAUCGUCAAGCCAAUAGUUUAUGGUAAUGUUGCCCGAUAUUUUGGGAAGAAAAGAGAAGAAGAUGGGCACACCCACCAGUGGACAGUAUAUGUAAAACCAUAUAGAAAUGAGGAUAUGUCAGCAUAUGUGAAGAAAAUCCAGUUUAAAUUACAUGAAAGCUAUGGCAAUCCUUUAAGAGUCGUUACCAAGCCUCCCUAUGAAAUUACUGAAACCGGAUGGGGUGAAUUUGAAAUAAUCAUCAAAAUAUUCUUCAUUGACCCUAAUGAAAGACCUGUGACUCUGUACCACUUACUAAAGCUGUUCCAGUCUGACACCAAUGCAAUGUUGGGGAAAAAGACGGUGGUCUCGGAAUUCUACGAUGAAAUGAUCUUUCAAGACCCAACAGCAAUGAUGCAGCAACUGUUAACAACAUCUCGUCAGCUGACAUUAGGAGCCUAUAAACACGAGACAGAGUUUGCAGAACUUGAAGUGAAAACCAGAGAAAAAUUAGAAGCUGCCAAGAAAAAAACAAGCUUUGAAAUUGCAGAGCUUAAGGAAAGAUUAAAAGCAAGUCGUGAAACUAUAAAUUGUUUAAAAAAUGAAAUCAGAAAACUUGAAGAAGAUGAUCAGACAAAAGACAUUUAAGCGACUGGUAGUCAGUGUAGCCGGAAGCAGGCGGCUCCGCAGGAGGA